GGGGCGGGGCCAGUGGGGAGCGGCUCUGAUAGUUCAGUGUAAAGAUCUACAGUCACACACACAUCACAUCUGGAAGAUUGAAGCUGCUCUCCUCCAGUGACUGGCCUUCUGUUACUCAGCAGUCAUGUUGAUUUUACUCGCUGCGAUUUUCAUCCUCCACAUCACCUGCAUCUGUCUGCUGCUGGCUGCCACCAUUCAUAACGCCUGGUGGGUGACCGAAACAAUGUCCACUGAUAUUUGGGGUCGCUGGAUUCUGAUUGGAGGAAACUGGAGCUACACAGAGAAUCUUGGUCACUAUCCUCAAGAGUAUCUGCAGGUGGUCCAGGCCAGCUCUGUGCUCGCAUGCCUCUUCUGCAUCCUGGGCCUGUUCGUGUUCGUGGCUCAGCUCUACACAAUACCUAAAGGAAAGCGCUUCGUGUUUACUGGAGUCUUCCAGCUGCUGGCCUGGCUGUGCAUCAUGAUCGCAGCCUCCAUCUACACCAACAUCUUCCACAAAGACAAGGACCCGGGCUGGUACGGAGCCUCCUUCAUCCUGGCCUGGAUCUCCGUCUGUCUCACCUUCAUCUCCUGCAUCUCCUACUUCAUCCUGCGCAAGAAGAAGGCGUGAAGAACACACUCUCACACACAAAGACUACAGACAUCCACUAUCUCUAACCCACACACACACAAUCUGCAUCAGUAGAUGUUUAAACGCUCGUCACAUGCUGUCGAUGAUGAUCCUCUGAUCUCAGAACUGCUCAGGUCUCAACGCAUCUCUAGAUCACAGAUCUUAUCCAUUAUAUAGCUUAAUGUAAAAUAAUGUCUUAAAAUCAUAAUGUCUAAAUCUGUCAUUGUUUUGUUGUAAAUGUAGUGUUUUCACAGUAGUUUAACAUUAGUUACAGUGAUUAUUCAGUAAGACUACCUGAUUGUGUUUGUUUCUUGUAAAAUGUAAUAAUUGUAAAAUGCUUAUCAUGUGUCCCUUACUACUGAUCUGGUCCACCAAGGGAUUUGACCAAUUUAACCAAUCAAAUAUUGGCCACUGCAAAAUAUCAUUACCAUCACAACAUGAAAUAAUUUGAUAAUUAUGAUGUUGCUUUAAAAAAAAAAAACUUCACAAUUGAUAAGACAAAAACAUUUGAGACAUUUUCAGCAACAAGUUGGUAAUGAUCCUUUAUUUUAGUGAUCAAGAAAUUCUGAAAGACAAAAGAUUUUUUUAAAUAAAUAAAUUACAUGUGUUGAAUGUUUAGAUCAGUAAUUCUUAAAGUGUGGUCCGCCAUUGCCCCCUAGUGGUCCGCGAAAAGAUGAUCUAAAACUCUCCUCUUUUUUCAUGUGUAAAAUCCCAGUAAUUUCAGUGAUAUUGGUGGACAUUGAGGGGAACAUUCUUUUCAGCAUUUUAUUGUUACCACAGUUACAACCAUAGACUUCCUAUACCCACCACCUCAGUUUUAAACUAAUGGAAUGGCAUUAAGUGGGGCCUAGGCUGUGUUUAAGUUGCAGUGUUUAAUUGCAGUUUUUUUUUUCACAUGUGCAGUUUGUUGUUCAUAUUAAGCUGCAACUCAUUUCGCAUUUACUUUUUCAAAUUAAAUACAAAUUAAUAUAAUAAUUUCUGAUCAUAUUAUUGCA